AAAUCAACAACACAGAUGGCGCAGAGAACUGAAAAGGAAGAGACAGAGUUCAAGGUCCUCGAAACCUUGACGACGAAAACAACCCCGAUGCUCUGCUCCAACAACUGCGGCGUCACAGCGAGUCCAUCAACCAACAACAUGUGCCAGAAAUGUUUCAACGCCGCCGCCGCCGGUAUAGAUCCAAAUCCGAUCGCAAAAAGAUCAGCCAGAUCCGUCAGUCUCCGGUCAACGCCAGCCAAAGCCGCGAUCCGUCCCAGGGAGACCGAUCCGGUCAAGAGAGACCAUCAUCAACAGACCGUAAACCGAUGCUCCGGUUGUCGGAAGAAAGUCGGGUUGACCGGAUUCAGAUGCCGAUGCGGCGACCUUUUCUGCGCGGAGCACCGGUACUCGGAUCGCCACGAUUGCAGCUACGACUACAAAAUCGCCGGUAGGGAGGCGAUCGCUAGGGAGAAUCCGAGUACACACAGAACGAUGAAAAAUAUUACAUAGACGAUUUUACAGCCA